AUGACCAGACAAGGUGUGACUUUCAAUGAACCCACCUAUCAGUGGAUGUGGAACCUACUGAUCAACGUUUGUGAUUCUGUAGCUGGAUUUUUGGUUGCUAACAGUUUAAGCCUAGUGGCUUCUGUGCUCCGAACUCUCGCAAUUAUUACAUACUUACCGGAAUUGUUAUUCAUUGGCCGCAUAAUCACAUCAGUUACGGUAGCAGUGUCCUAUCAGUCGCUUAUCCUGUACUUACAGGAGUGCUCGCCGACGAAGUAUCGGAGUAUGCUGAGUUUCACAAGUGAGAUUUCGUUUGCAUCGAUGUGCACGCUUGGCAUGAUACUUGGUACCGACCAGAUAUUCGGCCGUAAGCUGCAUUUACUACUUGGCUUUGCAAUAAUCCCAGGUAAACUGUCGUUUCCAAAAGUUGACUGA